CUUUGACGAAACCAUGAAUUCAAAUCAAAGUCAGCGUAUUUUCUCACACAGCUGGUGAUACCAUGUCUCAAGGCAACGAAAGGUUGCAUCAUCAAUAUAUCAAGUACACUGUCUACUUGCACAUUGAAGAUCCCUGGAAAUUGUUCUUAUUCCAUGCACACAAAGCAGCUAUGGAUGCCUUCACUAGAGGAUUAGCACUGGAGUUAGCGCCCUUUGGAGUGCGAGCAAACACCGUAAGGCCUGGAGCAAUUCGAAGCAAUUUUCAUAGACGUGAUAACGUUCCUGGUUUGGGGGAUGAUGAAUCGUACAAUAAGUUUCUUGAUACGAUUGCAAAAGAUAAUCCCUCUGGUCGGGUUGGUGAGCAGGAAGACGUAGCCACGGCUGUCUCUUUCCUGGCCUCUGAUAAAGCAUCGUACAUUAAUGGAGGAGAUAUAGUCGUGGAUGGUGGACGUUAUGUCCAGUACUAGAAAGGACUGUCACUGCAGCAUCAAAAAUCUUAGAAGAGGUCAAUAAUAUUGUCAUGAUGAUAUUUUUUGGAAUUGAGACAGACAGAAUACACAGGAACAAAAUUAACAUUUAAACUAUUCGGAUGUAAUGUAAAAUAAAUGUAUGUUCGUUACAAGUUAUUUUAAUGAAACUAGAACUCUUUUAAAGAGUCAGAGAUAAAAUUUAUCGUAAUUUGUAACCUGUUAAUCAGUUUAUCUAUCGGAUUGAUGGCACAUGUAAUCGAUAAGAACAUACGAAGUUUAACUGUAUGUAAUGUGUCGAAAAAAAAAAGAAUAUUUGUAAAUUUGUAUAACCAAACACACUUUUUA